AAAACUGGGAACACCAGGCUCCGUCAAACAGAGAUAGCGCGAAGCUCCUGCUUGUUUAAUACACUGGUUCAGCGAAACUUUACUUUGAGAACUUCUGUCAACUAGUUCAGAGAAACUAGUCCGCCAUCUGUUUGACUAGUCUAGACCCUCCGCAGCAGUAUGGCUACCUUCGUCUCGAUGGCUACCUGCCACACCUAUAACAACACGUCCAGGCACAACGGUGUCAACAGGGACUUCAUGGCCGCUCUCUCCAAGAGCCACGGGAGCACAGGCAAACGCAACAGUCCCCAGUCGACCAACAGAAACAAUGCCAUAGGCAUACCAAAGUCUGCCCCCAAUGACAAGACACCCUGCAGUACGCCAAGGUCGAUAUCCUCUGAGACCAGCAGUUCCUCCUUGGCCUCCAAGCCCGCCAUUGUGAAGAAGUCUGCCUUCUCCCGCCUCAAGAGGUUCCUCAUGCUGGAAGACAACCAGAAGACCAAGGGGAGGACUCAAAGACUUUACUAUCCUCCCUCUGAAUGACUGACAAACACUUGGCUCCACUGCAAUGACCCAACAGUCAGCCUUUUCACCACCAUGAUAUGACACUGACGCACCAGGCUCUCUGGCCUGCUUGCAAUUCAGAAUGGUCCUCCUGGAAUUCAGAACGGGGGCUGGGUCAGCAGUCAGUGAAUAAGUAAUACAGGGCCUCCUGUUGCACUAACUUUUUAAAACUUGCCCCUCCCAACUACCCCUGAGGUCCCCCUUCCGUAGAGCUGUUCAAACAGAAUGGCCCCACACCACGGCAUCGUCCAGGAAUUCCAUUGUCCCUAUGGAUGGCGGGAACUGCAUCGGAAGCAAAGCUCCCCCUUUUCUUCCAUGUUAUUUAUGAGGCAAGCAGAAUAACUUAAUUCGAGUUAUAGGAUGUUUUGAUUGAGAGGGUGAUUUUUAUUUUAUUUGUUACAAUCACAUUUAUAUGAUAAAUUACUUCCACAUUUAUAUUCACGUUUAAGUUUCAUGCUUCUUGAAGUAUGUUUUUAUUUUUUACUUGGUUUUCAUUUUCAUAGACUUUCCCACUCUUCUCUUGAGGUUACUGUCCAAGUAGAGAUGAUCUGUAGCUGUUUACAGGUUUGUUUGUGUGGCUCUACUAUUUUAUGAUCACUGCCAAAUGUUUUACUUUUAUGUAAAGGUCGACUUUUUGUAUACUGGUGGUUUUGAGAUCAUAUUUGGAUGAAUGGGACGCAUCAACUUAACAUUGAAAUUGUUUUUAUGCCUGAACCUUAAUGACAAUGCAAAUGUGACUUUCUUUCAGUAGUUUCAUGUUUGUUGAAGAUUGGUUUUGCUGUUUGAAGGCUUCACCUUUUACCUGUUUUGAAGUUGUUUUUUUAUGUUUAGCUUUACAAUGUCAAUUAGACUGCUUUUGUUCCAACACACUUUAUUGCAUUUAGUGACAUGUUUAAUUAAUCCAAUGUGUGAGUCUAGCAUUUCACAGAAUACUGAAAUACCUCAAAUUAUAUAUUCCUUUUACACCUUGCUUCUGUGAAAUGAAAAUGUUUUCAGGUAUUCUUAUUACUGUGUUACAUGAUAGAACUUCAAGAAGAUAUGUCUACCCAAUUGUCAUACUUGAGAAAAAGUAAGGAUACUUUAAUAGGAAAUUCCUAAAGUGAAAGUCACCCAGUAAAAUAUUACUUAAGUAAAAAUCUAAAAGUAUUUGGUUUUACAUGUACUUUUAUCAAAAUUAUAAGUAACUUUUAAUUCCUUUAAGCAAACCAGACGGUGCCAUUUUGUUAUUCAUGGCUCGCCUGGGGCACACUCCAGCACUCUGACAUCAUUUAAAAAUUGCGUUUAGUUAGUCCGUCAGCUCAGAGGCAGUACGGCUGACUGGGGGGGUUCCCUUGAUGACUGUGUGAAUUGUAUAUUUUCCUGUCCUGUUAAGCAUUAAAACUGUAACGAGUACUGUUGGGGGGGGGGGGGAAAUGUGUGGAGUAAAAAGUACAUUAUGUUCUUUUAGGAAUGUAGUGAUGUAAAGUACAGAUACUGUAAAAAUACUUUGAAUUACUACUGGGUUUUCAGCUUACACAUUUAAGUGCUACAGAACUUUAAGGGUACCCUACUACAUGUUCUGAUAAACACCUCAGGAAUGGGGCUGUAUAAAUGGAACCAUGCAAAUUCAGAGCUCUUGCUGCAGGGACUGACGAUCCACGAGAUCAAGCUUCUAGUUUAACCAUGUUUUGAAACUAUACUGUUUGUUUAUAAUGACAUUGUUUACAAAGCAAGCAGUUUAACAACUCAUGAGGCAUUUUUAAGUUAAAAUGAUCAAUGGCUCAUUAAUUUAACAUCCAAAAAUGGUUUUAGAGUAGGAAUCUCAGAUGGUCCCUUUUAAUUUAACUAGGCACGUCAGUUAAGAACAAAUUCUUAUUUUACAAUGAUGGCGUACUCCAUCCAGACCCUCCCUUAACCCAGAUGACGCUGGGCCAAUUGUGCGCCGCCUUAUGGGACUCCCAAUCACGGCCGGGAAUGAUUCAGCCCGGGCUCGAACCAGGAUCUGUAGUGAUGCCUCUAGCACUGAGAUGCAGUGCCUUAGACUGUUGCGCCCCUUGGGAGCCCUUUGGUUCCACACGUAGACUGUUUAUAAGAACAUUAUUGUGUAUAAUAUAGCUUGGGCUCCUUCGCUGAUAAGGAUAACUGCCACUAAACUCCAAAGAAGAAUGGCAUGAAUAAAUGCUCUUUAUAAACCACCACAGACCUCACCUUACCCAACCAUAGACCUUGCUGUUGAUCAAGCGUCCUCGACUACAUUUGACCUGCAGGCGGCGCUGCGUUUACAGAUGGCAUGCGCAAGCAGAAACAGGAAGUAGCUGUGCAGAGUUCGAGAAAAAUGUCCUGACGUAGUCCCGAAUGUAUUUUCUCUAAAAAGUGAUUCACUUCAACGAAUUUGUGAUUAGAAAUCGUAUCAAACUCAAAUUAAACGGUUAUUUCCUAAACAUAGCCAGUUACCCAAUGACAUUGCAAUGUCUAGUAGAAAGAGAUCGAGAGACUCGGAGGACAGAGGGGACCGCAAAAGGCACAAGGAAUCAAAACACGAUGUAGAAAAACUCAAGAAACAAGCGAGAAAACUCAACCAAGAAGUGCAAAAGCUGAAGCAUUUGGAGACCUUUUAUGAAAAACCUCCUCCUGGACUCAUAAAGGCGGAGGAGUACAAACCAGAGGACUGUAUUCCUGCUGAUCCAGGAAAUGAGGAUGCUAGGGACUUCCUGGCUCACGCCCCCACCAAGGGUCUGUGGAUGCCUCUGGGGAAGGAGGUGAAGGUCAUGCAGUGUUGGAGAUGCAAGCGCUAUGGACACAGGACAGGGGACCGAGAGUGUCCCUUCUUCAUCAAAGGAAACCAGAAACUGGAGCAGUUCAGAGUGGCACACGAAGACCCAAUGUACGACCUGAUCCGAGAAAACAAACGCAAUGAAAAAGAAACGAGGAUCCAGCAGCUGCAGCAACUCCUGCAGGACACCACCUCCUCCGACUCGGACAGCUCCUCCUCUUCCUCCUCUACCAGCGACCGCAAGAAGAGGAAACACAAGAAGAAGGACAAGAAGAAGGACAAGAAAAAGAGGAAGAAGAGGAGGAAGCACAAGUCCUCCAAAACCAGUGACUGUUCUGAGUCCAAUUGAGCCAUAGGAACCUACCUGGAUUGUUCUAGCAGGGAGAUGGCUACACUGCAGUGUCUAUCAGUCAGUGAGCAGCUAUGGUGGUUCUUACCCAUUGGCUCAGGGUCGCCUCAAUGGCACACUACGAAGUGCACAAUAGAGGACCCUUUUUGGUUCAAUAUUCUUCCCUCCAUCUGAGCCUUUAAAUAAUGCAUGACUUGUCCCAUCCCUCAUAUGGUUGAUGCCUCUAUUCCAUUAGAUCAUACAGAAUAAGAUUCUAUGGAUCCGCAAUGCUGAUUGUGAAUGUAGGGCCCCUCAGGCGAGGAUCUCAGAAAGCCCUUACAGCAUGGGUAAUGACAUGACUGGCUCGGGGGGGCCUGAGCCAGCCAGACUAGUUGAAAUCAGUUUGUAGCUGUUAUGAAGGAUGUUGGCUUGAUGAAUCAGAUCCGAAUGAAAACGUGACAAAACAGAGCAUGUUGUUAGAGAUGGUUUUGCUUCGUAUUUAGCUUGAUUGUAGGCCUGUUGUUUUGACAAAUAGAGUGGGAAAAAUUGCAACACAUUUUUUCCAUAUUUAUUUUCUUCCAAAUGACGCUGAUAGAUGUUUGAAUGCUUAUUACUGUACAUAAAUAUUUGGAAUAAAUUGAGGUUGGAAUUGAACUA